AUGUUACGAUCAAAUCGAUUUAUUACAAAAAAAAAUCUAUUUGCUAUUAAGAUAACAAAACCACGUAAAGGUAUUUCCUUUUCACCACUUAAACUUUCUAGUGAAGAAAUGGCAAAUGAACUUGGACCACAAUAUCGAACAAUAGAUGUUCAUAUUGGUAACCAAAGAAUGGUAUUAGAUAUGGCUCAAGGAGGUUGGAUACUUGAUGGAACAUCAAUCGAACCUGCAGAUAUGACCAAAUUAGAAAAGCAAAGAAAUGAAUUAGAAAAAGAUAAUAGUAUUCUUCGUACUAAACUAGAUAUAUUAUUGGAAAUGUUAGCUGAAACUACUGCUGAAAAAUCAUUACAAGAGAAUCAUGAUAAAUAA